ACCAGAACCUACACAGCAAAUGCACCACUCCAGUCCCGGUGCAUUGCAGUGAUGCGACCUCUGUCAUUGAGCUCCCCAUCCUGCUGAGCAGACGCCCGACUCCUGACGAGCAAUUGCCAGCGCCACAAUGCAGCCCACCAGAAUCAUGCGCUACAACGGCGGCGACCCGAAGCCCAACAUCACGGGCUUCGACAUGAGCAAGUUCCUCGCCGCCACCGGCACCCCGCGCUACGAUCCCUGGUGGAGGAACGAAGCAUGGCGCUACACCGGCCAGUUUAGCCGCUGGAACCGGUUCAAGAACGCCUUCCCCGGCUUCGGCAUCGCGACGGUCGCCUUUGCGGGCUACUGCCUGUACGAGCACUUCUUCCUGAAGGACGAUCAUCAUCACGGCGCUGAGGAGCACCACUGAGCGGGUCGGUCAUGAGUCGGGGGAGGGAGAAGAGAGGUGUGGAGUGAUCGUUUCUCCUUGGCAGCCGUCUUGGCAAAAAAAAAAAAAAGGCAAGGCGUAGGGAGAUAUGGAGAGAGGAAAGGAUGAGCACCGAAGUGGAAUUGGCGUGAACGAAGAGGUUGUGGGAGAAGUGCGGCGGUGGCAUGGGCGACCGGAACGAGCGUCAAACAAGUUAGGGUUUGUGUAUAUCCCGGGAAGAGGACCUAGCUAUUAGAACCCGCGGAUGCGUGCGCAGUGCGCGCUAGAGGAAAUAGCAUUGUACAUUUAAGGCAGUCACUUGCUCGA